CGAAACACCAUCCGCAAUCUCCGUUUCGACACGCUCCCUCGACUGCGCCAUUCCGCCCAGUCCCGUAUAUACCGCUUCCUCGUUGGUCGCCAGCUCAAGAAACAGCAGCGAAAGGCCAAGGGCAUACUCGCCUAUCUGCGUCAGCGCAGCCCGGCACUCGUAUCAUCACGCGCCGAGAAACAUGGUCGUGGAUAUCUACAACGAGCAAUCAUGUCAUACAGAGCCUACCAAGACGAUGCCCCUCGCGAGUCGGGCGGCCGUCGUAAGAAGCUGGCCGGUUACCUCAAGGCCGCCAACGAGCUGAGGCAGUCGUAUGCUUCUCAGUGGUCCCAGUCCAGAGACUUUGCACAAGACAGUGAGGAGCAACCAGGCAUCUUCCCUGGUGCCGAUGUCGUUCGCAGUGGUGAUGAGGAGAUGAUCAUCUUCCCUAGCUAUGCCACAAAACACAUACGAGCAAAACCUCGCGCCCAACCAGGCACAAUCCAACAAGCUGGUGGUACUGGAAGAGACUAUCGUGAUACAGUAGGAGCAGGAGAUGCCGAAUUCUGGAAAUCCCAAUGGGAAGAGUACGAACAAGACAAGGCCAUCGUCGAUGUCGACGUGCGAGGCUGGCUAUACACACCGCACAAGGGUCAACUCAGUCGAAAACAUCGUCUCAUGGUCGGUCUUGCGAGACAACUCGUUGGCAUACAAGCCCCAUCAGGCAGAUCAAGUUCUGCCAACAGCCGAGCCAGCAGUCGCUCGUCCAGUCCCGUUGGCGCUCACAGAGACUCGACAACAAAACAAGAGGAGGAAGUCAUACAAAAACAAGCAGACGAGAUCCUGAAGAAGGGCGAGAAGGAGGCCGAAAUCGCUGGAAGAGGAGGUUUCAGCGAACGUCCGAGUAAUUAUGCCGAAACUACUCGUUCUAGAGAACCUUCUCCUGCUCCUAGCGCCAGAGAGGGUCCUACCUUUGACGACUUCCUCGCUCCUUCAAGGACCAACACUUCUAGCUCCGACUAUAUCGACCCUGUGCAGAAGCGCUCAUCAUGGCCAAACCCUGCAAAGAUGUCGUCCGAGCAGCUCGUCACUGCAAACAACCAUCUCAUGGCUCGUCUGAGGCCAUUCAUGGCCAAUCCAUUGGCCAAUGCAUCUGUCAGCGCUUUCUUUUACAACGAUAAAAUCUCGCGCCAGAGAACUGUACAGACGAAUGCUGCCGGACACUUUCACCUGCGGGCUGCUCUGGAUUUUGUCCCUACUCACGUACGCAUUCUCGCGUCAGAAGAUCUGUCCGCUACCGAAGAAGUCAAGGUUGUUCCCGUCAGAGGUGUCAGCUUGAUCAGUGAUAUCGACGAUACCAUCAAGCACAGUGCCAUCACCAGUGGUGCGAGAGAAAUCUUCCGCAACGCUUUCAUCCGCGAUCUUGGUGAUUUGACCAUUGAAGGCGUCAGACAAUGGUAUGGCAAACUAGCCGACAUGGGUGUACAAAUGCAUUACGUCUCGAACUCACCCUGGCAACUUUAUCCUGUCAUCACUGGUUUCUUCAAAGCUGCAGGCUUACCAGCUGGAUCUUUCCAUUUGAAGCAGUACAGCGGUAUGCUGCAGGGUAUCUUUGAACCCGUCGCUGAACGCAAGAAAGCUACUCUGGACCGCCUGUUCCGUGAUUUCCCAGAACGCAAGUUUGUUUUGGUUGGAGACAGUGGUGAGGCAGAUUUGGAGGUCUACACUGAUACUGUCCUGGAAUAUCCUGGUCGUGUAGUCGCCAUUUUCAUCCGCGAUGUCACAUCCAAGCCUGACAAGGGCUUCUUCGACCCAUCGAUGGGUCCGUUGAGCAGUGACAAGUCAUCUAAAGGUCAUCUUCGUAACAUGUCGACUGAUAGCUUGACUGGCGCCAAGAGGCUUAAUCGUCCUUCUGACAUACAAGACGAUGAUGAAGAGCUUCGCAGAGCAAUUGCCGAAUCUCUCAAGGAUAUCGAACCUGACAGGAAAUCACUAUUUGGUGCAGAUGUUGAGCCAACGAAAAGACCUGCAUUACCACCAAGACGUCCUACAGAUCCUCCUGCACCACAAGCAUCUGCGGUAGAAGAAAACCUCAUCGACUUUAGUGAUGACGAGAGCACUUCACCAUUAUCCAACGAACCUCAGAAGAGAGCCUACAGCACAUCCCUCACCAGAAGACCAGCUAUCCGUUCUCACACAGAAGGCCCCGCUAAGCGCGCAACCCCUCCACCUCCUCCAAAACCGCUCGCGCUACGAUCACCAUCUGGCGAGGGCAAGAAUGCAGUCUUUCCACCUCCAGCGAAAUCUUCAACUCCGCCACCGCCUAAGCCUCGCAAACCUAGCACCACUGUUAAUACCACGAACGUGCCUUCACCAUUAUCUCAAGUGGUUGAGCCUUCUCCAGCAACUCCAGCACCACCACCUUUACCGAAGCGACAUUAUCUUGCUUCGGCAAAGCAAAAGCUAUCUCCUACAACCACAUACUUUUCCUCGACCAAGCGUAGUCCUACCUGGGCAUCGGAGAGUAGCGGUGCCUCAACACCUGGCGAAUCACGAACCUUGACGUCCUCGGCAGCUUCGCGAUCAAUGGACAACUUACGCGGCCCGCCGUCCACUGCUGCCUCGUCCGCUGCCCCGUCUCAGCAACCACGCCCCAAACCCCCACCACCCCGCCGCAACCUUUCCCACUACCCAGCAGCCGCCGCCUCGUACGCCAGCAACCGUCUUAGCGGCGCCUGGAACGACUCCUCCUUCCACGACCCCUACGAUCCCGAAGGCGGACCCAUCCUCUCCAAAAAAGAAGAAUUGUGGAAACGUCGCUGGGCCAAGGCAAAAUCCAUCAUGGAGAGAGAGGGUGUUGUGCUCAGGACGUGGAGGGUCGGGAUGGACGUUAUGGAUGUUUGUGUUGAGACUGUACGGCAGGAGUUGGUGGAGAUGGAGAAGAAGGAUAGACGGGAUUUGGAGAUGCAGAAAUUGAAAGAUAGAGAACAACAAAGGGAGAGGGAAAAGGGGAGGCAGGGCACUUUGAUUUGA